GAGAGAGAUUGGUCAAUUCCGCGUCUGAUCGCUGUUUAAAAGGCUGUUUAAAAGCCAGUUCACUCUGUUUCGUAUCAGGUGCAAAAACAUGACAAAUCAAACCAAUUGAAUGUGUGUGUGAAAAUGGAAGUGUACGUGCACACGCACAAACAGAGCGCGGAUUGAAGUAAUUAACAAUUCUGCGCAAAAUAGAAAAAUUAGAGAGAGAAGCGGAGCGUAAAAUUGCGAAUUUAUCUUUAGAUCUUUUUUCCUUUUUUGUACAGAGCGGAAAACACGUGGGAGAUUACAGAGAAAAAGAACCAAAGCUCAACUGAAACGAACAGAUCUGGCGCGACUGAUCGCAAGAUUGCGAUUUGUCGAGUAUGACGAGACUUGAUAAGAGCGACUGUUAUUUUUCUAUGUCGUGUUCUAUGUUUCUCUUACUAGAAUGGCCAAGACAGACAUCUUCGAUAUUGAAAAAUUGAAAGAGAUUGAAUAUUUUUUUCAACACGUUUGAUACUAUCGAAAACGACUGAUCUAACCUGGCAAAAUGGACAAGGCAAAACAGAAAGAAUUAGAUCCCAAGAAACGGCUCAAGAUUCUCUCGGAUCGCGGUUCGAAGGUAGAAAUUGACAUCAAUAUUCCGCCCAAAAGAUAUUACCGCACUGGUGUAGAAAUGAUCAGAUUAGCAAACAUGAGCAUGAUGCAAGGCUCUUACGAGAAUGCCUAUGUACUAUAUUUAAAAUUUAUAACACUUUUUGUGGACAAAAUAAGAACACAUCCGCAAUAUAACACCGUAUCAUCCAAUGACAAGAUGACAAAUAAGCAAACUUUAAGAACUGUUAUACCUAGAGCAGAAGAAUUGAAGAAGCAAUUAUUGGAGCAAUAUCAGGAUGACUUGGAUAAGUAUUUGACGAGUUUGAAGGAGAGAGAAAGAAUUGAAAAGGAACGUUUGAGGCAAGAGGAGCUUCAAAGGCAAAAGGAAGAGGAAGAGAAAAGAAAUAAAAUGGCAGCUUUGGCCGCAGUUAGAGCAGCGAAGGCUGCAAACGUAGUAAUACCCGAAGAAAUAAAAAACAGGCCACCACCUACUAUAAUAAGUCCCUCAAAUGACGACAAAAUACCUAAAACUUCUAAGGAGAUAAAAACACCGACGGUAGAUCGUUCCACGAAGCCCUCUCUGUUAACGAGCGACGGAUUAUCUUUGCGCGAUGUUAUUUUACCAAAUAAAUUGAUGCACAAUUUUCUGUCGCUCGCUUUCAGCAACACAAUGAACAAUAUAGAGACCUGUGGUAUUCUGGCUGGCAGACUGGAGCGAAAUAAGUUGCUGGUGACACAUCUGUUGAUUCCAGAACAAACUGGCACACCGGACUCUUGUACCACAUACAAUGAAGAAGAUAUCUUUGAUUAUCAAGAUCAGCACAAUCUUAUAACUCUCGGCUGGAUUCAUACGCAUCCAACACAGACUGCAUUCUUAUCGAGCGUGGAUCUACACACGCAUUGUGCUUAUCAACUUAUGAUGGCAGAGGCAAUAGCAAUAGUUUGCGCGCCAAAGUACGAAGAAACGGGAUUUUUCAUUUUAACACCAGAGUAUGGCUUAGAUUUUAUUGCAAGUUGUAGAGAAACGGGAUUUCAUCCUCACCCCACCGAACCACCUUUAUAUACGAAAGCAAAACAUUGCAAAUUGGAUGUAACAGCAUUCAUCGAAGUUGUCGAUUUACGAAGAAAAUAAUUCUUCUCAGAGACAGGAUAAUUAUUCUAUUGAGAAGUAUUUUUAUAUUUAUAUUAAUUUAUAAUAUAUAUUAUAUUUGGCGGGUUUUAAAUACUUACCCGUAAAAUUAGCGCUGUACAUGUCUCUUCAAAUCGUUCUAUUUUUAUAAUAAUUAACUCCUAAAAUUGCAAUUCACACAAUAAAAAUCGCGAUUAGCGCGGAAUUAAAUAACACUAAAAAGCCACGACCAGCGAGUAAAUAUUUAUAUACAUAUAUAUACGUAUAUAUAACGAUAUUAAAAAUAUAUGAAUUAUGUAUUAUAUUAAUAUAACUAGGAAAAAAAUUACAUGUUUAUCUAAACUUACGACAAGAAAACUGUCUGUAACAUAUUGAUUGUUUCUGCUGAACAAAAAACAACAAAAUAGGUAAAAAAAGAUCAUUAUCAGAAAGUAGCACAAAGAAUUAUUGUCACUGAUUGAAAAAAUAUGACUAUAUUAUUACAAUCAAACCGAGGAAAAACAUUUAUAUAUAUUUAGCAAUAUAGUGAUAAAAACUAUGAAUAAUAUAUGCUCUCUUGCAUAUAAUAGUAUAACAACAAUCAUUGUAAUCAAAAAUUUAUUUAUACAAUUUAUAAAGUAUAAAUUUAUUUAUAACUUACAGUUUUUUAAUUACAUGUUCUCAAUUCUCAAGAGUAAAUAUAUAAGCAAAAGUAUGAUUUUAAGUAUAAGUUUUGUUAUAAUGUUUAAUAUUUUAAUUCAAACAAGAGAGAGGAGAAACAUUAUUAUUUUAUAUAUCGUUAUAAUAUAAAGU